GCUGAGUGAGCAACGGCCUACUGAGCUCUAAACCCUUCCUUCUUCCUAGCUCUGCCAUGAGCGACCGCCGGGAUCGGGACCGGGACCGAGAUAGAGAUCGAGAUCGAGAGCGAGAGCGUGACCGGAAAAGGUACCGUGAAGUUGACCGCGAACGUGACCGUGACCGUGACCGUGAACGUAGUAAACGCUCGCGCUCCCGUACGCCCGACCGCACGAGAUCCCGCCACACGCGAUCGCGGACUCGUUCCCCCGACGAAAGAGAUCGUGACCGGACCCGGCACAGGCACCGGCACCACAGGUCGCGCUCCCGUUCCCGGUCCCGCAGUCCUAGCUCUCCUCCCCGGAAGCGCCACAAGGAUGACUUGAAAGACAAAGACAAGGACAAGCAAAAGGACGAUGCCCAUGCCCCGUCUAGAGAAAAGAAGCAAAAGGAUGGUGCCGGAAACAACCAGGAGGGCAAUAAGGACGAAGAUAUGGUGGAUGAAGAUGAGAUGGAGAUGAUGAAGAAAUUCGGGAUUCCAGUGGGGUUCGACACCACGAAAGGGAAGUCAGUCCCUGGGAACGACGUAGGUGCGGUGAGAAAGGUCACGAAGCGGCAGCCGCGGCAGUACAUGAAUCGUCGUGGUGGUUUCAAUCGCCCCUUGCCUGCUGAACGCAACCGUUAGAAUUUCAAUUUCAUCCAGGUUGAAGAAGAUCCACUGAAGAUAACAUGAUCUCUCUCGGUUUAAAUCUAAGUUGGACUAGCGGGGAAGAUGCAAGGAAGGAUUCAAUUUAGUCAUAUUAUAGAGGAUGCACAUGUCUCUGUAGUGGUGGUAUCUAUCUCACUUUGCUUAAUGGAUUACAAUUUGAUAAAUUGGUUUCUCUCUCGACCA